AUGUUCAAUAAAGAUUAUUUAUCCAAAUUACUCUACUUCCAACGAUUAAAAAAUAUCACAUCUGAAAAAGAUUAUGAACCAAUAUUGUAGAGUUUCAUUUAAUAAGCUAAACUUCACUAUUUACCUAAAGAUAGAUUUGUAUUUAAAUACAAACUAAAAAUUGAUUACUUUCUCAUUCUUCUUAAAGGUAGAUGUCUUAAAUUAAUACCAAAAUCUCAUGAUUAACUUACAUAAGAGAUCAAAGAAUUAGAAUUCAAAUUUCCAGGUAUUUAAAGAAUACCUUAAAAUUUCUAUCUAAAUCCUAACACUAAAACACUUUCUUUCAAAGGUAAAGAAAAUUAUCCAAAAGAAAAUUUAGUGAUCUUAUAAGAUUAGUUAAAUCAAUUAAACAUACAAUCCUUCUAAAUGUUAAGUCUAAUGGCACAUCUUAUUGAAGGACAUGUUGUUAGAUUUCAAAGUGCACUUAUUAUAAAUGAAGAUGAUGCUCUCAUUGAAUCUAUUACUAAAAAUGCUUAAUGUACAAUUAUUACAUUAGAUAAUUGUGAGUUUCUAUAAUUAUAAGUCUAAUAAUAUUUGGAAAUUAUUGAAACCUCUAAAAGAAGAAAAAAUGAAAAAAUUGAAUAUUUAAUGUGUCGAGCAUUUUAAGAUGGAAUAAAAUAUCCUGAUUUCAAAAGAGUUCUAUAAGAAUUGAUUAAUUCAUCUGAAAGAAUUAAAUUAUGCAAUCAUCAAAAUUUAUAUUCCUUUGAGAUGUAAUCUCAUUAUGUAUAUUUAAUUUUAAAAGGAGAAUUUUAUGUAUCAUAUAGUAGUCAUAACAAUAAUUUUGAAGUUUAAUGUUGUGGUAGUGAUACAUAAUAUGAUAGAUUUAGGAAAACUUUAAGACAUGAUUAAAAAUAAGUAAAAUAAUUGAUUCGUUAUCCAAUAUAAAUUAAUGAAAGUACAUUUGAACUUCUUAAAUAGGCAAAUAAACAUUCUAAUAGAGAAUAUAUUUUAUUGAAAUUAGGACCUGGAUAAUUAUUAGGUGAAGAAGAUUUUAAUCAUGAUUGUUUCAAUAAUGUUUAUCAUUCAUUUAAUUGUUAAUGUGUUAGUGCAAAAGGAAGUGUUCUAGCAAUAAAAAAGGUUGAUAUUUAUCGUAUUUGUGUUGUUAAUGAUUGGUUUGCUAAACUUUUUCAUAAGAGAUGUGAAAUGAAAAGAAAAUGGCUUUAAGAAAGAUUUGAAAAUCAUUUAAAUAAAGAUAUAUAGAAUGAAAUUAUGAAAAAAACUAUUUAACCUGAAAAAACUUAAAGAGUAGAUGAUUCCUUAUUUUUAAGACUCAAAUUUUUAGAUGAAGAAGCAACAAAACAUAAAAGUACUAAAAUUUAGAAAUCUUAAAUUUCACCAGAAAGAGAUCUUACCACUCGUUGUAAUUAAAGAAAAUUAGCAUUAAAAAAAUUAAUAGAACAUAAUAGAAAAUCUAAUCCUAAUAAUGAUCCAAAUUGUAUUGGUAUGAUUUAAUAUUUAAUUAAACUUGAUCGACAUAAAUAAAUGUUACUUUAACAUUCAAUUCGAUUAGCAUUAGGAUCAUAAAUGAAUAAAUAAAGAAAUUCAUCCCAGCAUACCUAAGUUAAUGAUUAAUCAAUUAGUAAAUCUAAAAUAUCACCUUAACGAACAUAUUCUUAUCGAUUAGGAAGAAGCAAUUCAAUGAUUAGUAGUGUUAUUAAUUAUAAAAAAUGAACUAUUAAAUUUUCUUGAGAAUUCGAAAUUAUGAAUAUGUUAACCCUAUAUUCAAAGUAGAAGAGUGCCAAAUCACAUUAAAAGUAUGAUAUCUAAAAAUUCUAAAUAGACACCUGGAUCUAAAGAAACAGAAAAAUUCAUUUUUGAUAAUAUUUUUCAAGAUGUUACAACAGAUGACAUUAUAAAAGAAAUUGGGUUUAAUUAAUUAAAUAAAGUGAUAUUAGUUUAUGGAUAAACUAGUAGUGGGAAAUCAUAUACAUUAUUUGGAGAUAUAGAUAAUCCUGGAAUUAUGCCUUUGAUAAUUAAGAAAUUAUUAUCUGAUAAACAUAAACUUACAAUUAAUUAUAAGAUAAUUGGAUUAGAUUAUAUAAGCAAUUAUGUAACAGAUGAUAUGACAAAAAUAAAUAUAUUUGAUAUGGAAACAGUUUGGGAAUAUUAAGCAACAUUUUCUAAAUAAAAAAGAAAGGAACAUUUAAUAGUCACUUUGAUUAUAGAUUAAAAGGAAUAAAUUAAAUUUGUGGAUUUAGCAGGACCAGAAAGAUAAACUAAAGAAUUAUAAGAACCAUAAAAAUAUUAAGAAGCUAUUUGGGCUACAUAAUAAUUUUAAGUUUUGACAAAAUGUUUAAAUGCUUUUUCUAAAGGAAAAAUAUAAUCAUUAGAAGAUUCAAAACUCACUUAAUAAUUAAAAUUUGAUAUAAGUACAUAAAUUACAUUAAUUGGAACUAUUUAUCCAACAAAUUCAAAUUAUGAUGAAACACUUUCAACAUUAUAAUUUAUAGAUAGAACUAGAAAUGCAGUUACAUUACCUAGAAAAGAAUCUGUAAGAACAUUUGAAAUAACAAAAACUUAAUCAUAAGAAAAAUAGAUUAAAUUAUUAGAGUAUGAAAAUAAAGAUUUAAAAGAGUAAAUCUAAAGAUUAUAAUAAGAAUAGAAAAAUAAAUUAAAAGCAAUAAAGGAUAUAUUAUGUAUUGAAUUUGAUUUAGAUAAUCUUACUAGUUUAAGUUUUAAGGAAAUUUAGCAAUAUAAGAAAUAGUAAGAAGCUUUGAUUGCAAAUUAAAAUUUGUAAAUAUAAUUAAAUGAUUAACAGUCAUACAUUAAUUAAUUAAAACUAGAAAUCACUUAAUUAAAAUAAGAAAUAAAAGAAAAGUAAGAAAAAUGGUAAUUUCAAUUAGUGGAAUAAAAAUAUAAAAAUUUUAAAAUUAAUGAAUAAUUUGUUACUCAAAAAACAUAAAUGAGUGAAAUGAUGAGAUAAAUGUAAUAAGAUAAAGAAUCUUGUAUUAAAAAUUUAAUUGAAAAUUCAAAUCAUUUAUUAGAUGAAAAAACAAAUAAAUUAUUUUAAUUACCAAUAACAGCAAAUCUAAAAUAAUUAGAUAAUAAUAAAUUAUAAGAUAUAAAAAAAUAAAUUAAAAUUGAAAUGGAAUAAGAUUUAAUGAAAUAAUUAACUCAAAUGAAAUUAGAUAAUGAAAAUAAUUUAUAAUAAUUAAAAUAAAUGUAUGAUAUUAUGUUAAAAGAAAAAAAUAAUGAAAUUGAUUAAUUCAUUUAAUAAUCUAAAAUAUAUAGAGAGAAAAAAAAGAAUUUAAUUAAGGAAAUGAAAGAAGAAAUGUUAUAAAUGUAUGAAAUACUUAAUAAAUAAUAAUUAUUAAUUGAUAAAAUUGAAAAUGGAAUGUAUAGUAAUGGAAAUAAGAUUUUAACAAUUCCUAGAAAAGAUAAACCAAUUUAACCUGUAUAAUCAUAAUUUAAACAGUAAAUAUAUUUUAAUAUAUAUUAGUUUGUAUCAUUUUCUUGAGAGAAAGAAAUCAUUUGAGAUUUAAAAUAAAAAAUCAUCAAGUGCUGAAAAAUCAUUUCUUUUAACACCUAUUAAUAGAGUUGAAAGAUCACAAACUACAUUUUAAGAAAAACCUAUUAUUGUUGAUUGUAAUGAUGUUGAAUUAUUUAAUAUAAAUGAAAUGGAUAUUAAUAAAUUGAAAUCAUUUAUAAUAAAAUUAAAAGAAAUGCUUAAAAAAGAAUAAAAUGAAAAUAAAAUAAAAUCAGAAAAAUUCAAAUAAGAAUUAGCUGAACUUAAAAAAGGUAUUAUAUAUUUUUUAUAAAUUUAAGAUAAAGAGGAUAUGUAAAUUAAAUAUAAUGUUGAAAGCAAAAAAUAUAAUUAAUAAAGAGUAACAAUUGAAUCUUAAAACAGACUUCUUACUAAAUUAAGACCAACUAGUUCACUCUUAAGAAAAUAAUCUUGA